GUAUUUGAAACUCAUUUGAAACUUGUUGGAAUGCAUUUGUACAAAAUUGUGCCAGUAUAAUCUCAUUUUCGCAUAUGCGAUUUUGUUUGCGAAAUAAGUCAUUUGCUUUUCAUUUGUGAUAUUUGAUCCAAAUUAGUCAUUUAAGGCCAGUGUAAAUGCUAUAUUAAUCUCGCAGAGUAAGCACUGAAUUAUAUGCUGUAAAUGAAUAAACGCUAUUGUAGUCAAUAAGAAAAAGUAACUUUUCGCAAAACCUACCAUAAAAUUCUGAUUUUGACGCACACGGCAGCCCUGUCAAUAUUGCUCUUCCGAACAUUUUCUCUAACAGCUGACGCACAUAAGAAACGAAACAGCUGCGAGAAUAAGUAUAGAAAAAAUUAAAAGUAAAAUUUUGCAAUUAAUUCAAAGAGAAAUUAAUAAUAGACGAACUUAAGCAUAAAAGCAACGUGUGCAUUUGAAAUUGGACCAAAUAAGCCAGCGCUGGCAUCAGCUGGGGGCCAGUGAUUAAAUAUUUUAGGUGCUGCAAUUGACAACGAAGAAGCGCUGAGCUGGAAAAUAUGUGAAUAAAAUAGAGCAAAAAGUGAGGCUAAUUAUAAUAGAACAAAAUGAAAGAAAAUUGAGCUAAAUGAAUCUAGUAGUAGCAGUUAGGCGAUUGAUUACAGAAUGGAAGAAUAUAUAUGAAUUACUGGAAUUAUGCUGUAAAAUCUGUUAACAUAUUGAUAUACUUAAUAAUAAUUAACAUAUUACUCAAAUUCAUCUAAAAGCAACGAAGUAAAGCUCAAUUAUUGAUGUUUUUGCUCAAAUAAAAUAAAAAUAUAAAUACGCCUCUAACUGACGAUACUAUGAAUCUCAACUUACAUCCACAAGUGCAACGUAAUUAAAUAAUCUCACCCUUUCCACAACGUUUACCUAAAAUGCGUACAAAAAAAGUUUUUGCUAUUGUGGGUUUUAUUAUAGUUUGGACUUUUUUUACGUAUUUCUUGCUAUGUUCACAAAUCGAAUUUCCACUGCACAAAAAUCGUAUAUCACAGCUGAAUCAAUUAAGAGCUGAUGCUCAAAAAGAAUAUAAAAAGAGUGAAAGUCAUUUAGUACGUCUUAUGGAUAUAUUAAAAGCAAAAUAUUAUGUACCACAGCUCACACCAGGUCCUGUUAAUAUUGUAGCUUUAUCAGGUGAAGAACCAUUAGGAUUGUUGCAACCACCAGGAGAGAACAUAAAUCUAAAUAGUAAUAAUAAUGUGCUGAUGCAAGAAGGAAUCGAUCAGCUUGCAUAUAAUAAUUCUAUCACAAAAACAACAAUAGCGUUACCUACAAAACCUGCCAUAACGCGUUUACCAAACGGAGAGCCAGUAAUACCGAUUCUAGUAUUUGCCUGUAAUCGUAUAUCAAUCUCCAAAUGUCUCAACAAUUUAGUUCAAUAUCGACCGAGUGCGGAACAAUUUCCAAUUAUUGUAUCACAGGAUUGUGGUGAUGAAGCAACCAAAAAUGUCAUAUUAUCAUUUAAAUCUACAGUGUCACUCAUUGAGCAACCCGAUCAGUCUGAUAUAUAUGUACCACCGAAGGAGAAAAAGUUCAAAGGUUAUUAUAAAAUAGCUCGGCACUAUGGUUGGGCACUGAACACAACAUUCCAUAAAGGUUAUGAAUUUGUUGUAAUAGUCGAAGAUGAUUUAAAUAUAGCACCAGACUUCUUUGAAUAUUUCCUUGGCACACACAAACUAUUAAAACAAGAUCCAACGCUCUGGUGUGUUUCAGCUUGGAAUGACAAUGGCAAAGCCAAUUUUAUUGAUACAUCACAACCUGAAUUAUUAUAUCGCACAGAUUUUUUCCCUGGUCUUGGUUGGAUGCUAACCAAAGAGUUAUGGCAAGAAUUGUCAGUGAAAUGGCCUAAAUCAUUUUGGGAUGACUGGAUUCGUCACCCUGAGCAACGCAAAGAUCGCGUGUGUAUUAGGCCAGAAAUCUCUAGAACUCAAACCUUUGGUAAAAUUGGAGUGUCCAAUGGCUUAUUUUUUGACAAAUAUCUGAAACACAUUAAGCUCAGUGAAGAUUUUGUAAAAUUCACUAAACUGAAUCUCAGUUAUCUACUUAAAGAAAAUUAUGAUCGCAUAUUUUUAUCUAAAAUCUAUACUUAUCCAAUUGUUACUUAUGACGAACUAAGAAGGAAUCUCAUUAAAACAGAUGGACCAGUACGAAUUCAGUACACCACAAGUACACAGUAUAAGCUAACUACAAGAAUGCUGGGCUUGAUGGAUGAUUUCAAGAGUGGUGUUCCUCGCACUGGCUAUCAUGGCAUAGUUUCAUUUUAUUAUCAAAAAAGACGAGUUUACUUAGCACCAAACGCAAACUGGAAAGGAUAUGAUUUAUCUUGGAGCUAACAAAACAUACUUAUGUAACAGUUUAGUCUUUUACGAAGUUCUAAAUAAUUUAAGUUACUGUUUUCUUUUCUUG